AUCCACGGCUUCGCUCGUGUGUUGACCGAAGUUCGAGGAGCACACGCAAACGUACACGUUUUUCACGGACCGGAUGCAUAGCAGGCAACAUUGGACUAGCCUCACCUCAACUAACUAGACCGCGGCUCAGAGCGACCGUAGCACAGAAAGAUCUCGCAUCGCAGAAGGCGACGGACAAGAAGAACAGCGAGCAGCCCAUCGAUCGAAUCCGGUUCCGAAGAGGAAUAACUAGCCGACACCAUGUUUUCCGCACUGAUUGACGCCGCUCGCAACUCGCCCUUCAAAACUCCCUUCACCAAGGCACAGUGCGACAGUGGUGCCAUCGCUCCGGUGCAGGGACGCAGCAUUGCGGCCGCCUCAACCGACGAGGUUGAGUUCGGUUCGACCAAGUUCUUCCUGCUGUGCGGUCUCGGAGGUAUCAUCUCUUGCGGCUCCACGCACACCUUCGUCGUGCCGCUCGAUCUGGUCAAGUGUCGCCUGCAGGUCGACCAGGCCAAGUACAAGAACGUGUUCCAUGGAUUCAAGUUGACGCUGGCCGAGGACGGUGCCCGUGGUCUGGCGAAGGGAUGGGCCCCAACGUUCUUCGGAUACUCGGCACAGGGUGCCUUCAAGUUCGGCCUGUACGAAGUGUUCAAGGUGCAGUACGCCAACAUGCUGGGUGAGGAAAAUGCCUACCUCUACCGUACCUGGCUGUACCUGGGUGCUUCGGCAUCGGCUGAAUUCUUCGCCGAUAUGGCUCUGUCGCCGUUCGAGGCCGCCAAGGUCAAGAUCCAGACCAUGCCCGGCUUCGCUAGCACGAUGCGUGAAGCUAUGCCCAAGAUGAUGGGUGAGGAGGGUAUCAUGGCGUUCUACAAGGGUCUCGUGCCACUGUGGUGCCGUCAAAUCCCAUACACCAUGAUGAAGUUUGCCUGCUUCGAAAAGACUGUUGAGCUGCUCUAUGCCUACGUCGUCCCGAAACCACGAGAACAAUGCUCGAAGGGUGAGCAGCUGCUGGUUACAUUCGCCGCCGGUUACAUUGCCGGUGUGUUCUGUGCCAUCGUUUCGCAUCCGGCUGAUGUGGUCGUGUCGAAGCUGAACCAGGCCAAGGGAUCGUCCGCCUUCGACGUUGCCAAGCAGCUCGGAUUCAUGGGAAUGUGGAACGGUCUGAUGCCGCGUAUCAUUAUGAUCGGUACUCUGACUGCCCUGCAGUGGUUCAUCUACGACGGUGUGAAGGUCGCCCUCUCCAUUCCCCGCCCGCCCCCACCAGAGAUGCCGGAGUCGCUCAAAAAGAAGCUGGGAGUGCAGUAAACCAAAACUACCGAUACCAGAGACUCCCUCCCUAACUCUUCUUUCACCGUAUCUUCCCUCUGUAUCCAUCUGUACUAUCUUCUGUUGAGGAUUUCUUCUUUCUGUAGUGCAAGUUGUUAUUGAAAAAUUCAGUCCAUUUAGCAAAUUGUUCCGAGGACAACAGUUACUGCAAUGUAACGAACGACUUUAGAGCUACAUCCAAUGCUAAUAAUUUUAAGAGCGAUUGCGAAACACUGGACAUGUCGACCAUCGCUUCGGGCAUGCUUCCGGAUGCCUAUGUUUUGGCAGUAAGGUGAAGCCUAAAAUUGAAACAAGCCUUGCGAUGGUCGUAGUUUUGGCAUCGACAUUUUUUUCUCAGUAUUUCAGAAUCUUUUAUACUCAAUUCUGCACCGAUGGUUGCAAAGAGUAUUUUUCACUGUCAUCGAUCGCACAAUGUUCGGGAUACGAGAAAUCCAAAGAAAAUACACACCAAAGCGUUAAAAUAAAUCAGAAAAAAUAACUAGACGUAAA